CCUGGGAAAUUGUGCAGUUUAAAUAGACCGCCAGAUUGGAAGGGAGCGCUUGGUUAUUGAUUAUGGAAUAAGGAAGGUCAUGUGUGUAAUCAGAACAGCUUGAGUUGACCUGUCUGAACUAGCUCGCAGGCUUCGCUCCAUUUUUCCCAGCAUUGCCCUGAAGUGGAGUCACAUCUCCUUCCAGAGAUAAGUGCCUUUUAAAAAUGACACUUUAAACCAAUAAACGGGCUGUUUUCAAUGUGACUAAGAGAACCGUCAGAAACUAUGAUGUCUGUUUCGUUUGUUCCUUUAGUGAGGACAGCAAUUUAAGCUCAAACCACGUUAAAUGUUGCUAUGAGUUGUAAUCUGUAAUCGAUAGAGAGUAAAUCUAUCUAAAAGAUUCAGAGAGGCUCUAAUUAGAACUGAUUAAAAAGAAGCAUUUAGAUAUGAAUGAUUAUCCUGAACCUGUUACAGUCAUCUUAAACACUAAAACCACCCCAUUCUCAAUAAAAUAUAAGGCUCUUAUUUUCCAGACUUCUAGUUUGGCAUUUUUAUUUGAAACUGCUGAACUCGUAUUCUCAGUUUCUCAUUUCCUGAACCUACCAAAGGAGGGCACAGACACAGCUCAUUGUCUAGGGCAAGGGUCAGAUUCAGAUGGAAACAACAACACCGACCUGGAAAACCUUUAAAACCUUUAAAAAUAUUCAUGUAGCCUCUGGGUUUAAAAUACGGAGACACAGAAUCGUUAAGACUACAUGGUGAACAGAUUGCUCUUUGGAGUAAAGGGGAACAAAACUUGUUAAAUCCAAGUUACUAAUUAAGUAUUAAACAUAUCAGAUUAGUAAUUGUUUGAUAAUAGACUGUAUAUUUGCUAAAAAAUGUUGUUUUAUGACUUUUUAUAGCAAAAAAUAAUAGUCAAAUAGAAUAACUAAUAUUUUUGUGAGCCAGAAUUAAGUGUAAGCUUAAAAAGAUAUACAUAAACAUAUGUAUAAAACAUGAAAGUAGAGACAAUUUUCAACAAAAAAAACCCCAAUCUGUAUGAAUUGGAGUGUUGGGAAAAAAUAACCCUUCAGUUAUUUUAUCUUCAUGGGGGCUUAAAUGAUGGCAUGAAACAAAACAAUCCUCUCUUCCUCAUGUUUCUCAACAGUAAUUCCUUCUAGGGCAUGUCUACUCAUGCUCGAGUGAAAACCUGACACCACACGAUCUGGAGUUUCUUUUCAAAUGCAGAGGAUGUGCUCGCUGAGUGUUCUUCCACACAACACAUCCUCUAGAGCUCCAACACAUUAAAUGAAGCCAAACCCAAACAGAAGCACCAGAGAAAGCUACAGUGGAUGAAAGACAUUUAUGAGAGCGCCAUGAUCAAAGUGAUGAGUUUCUACUCUGGUGUGAGGGCACGGCAUGUUUAUGGCUGGGUUUCCAUCAUCUGGUUCAUUUCGGCAGUCAGGAUCGCUGUCAGUGAAGAUGUGCCCCUGCAGACCGUUUCCGAGGUGGUGGCACAGUGCGGAGAAAAUGUGACACUGCCAUGUGGGGUCACCAUGCAAAGCCAGUUGGAUAUUAAAUUAUUUUCCUGGGUGCGUGGAAAUAAAUUGUGUACAUACGAGGACAGUCAGCUUGACCCUGAGGUUCUGUGUGAAAGCACGGAAGACACUCCCAACCACAGACUCAGUAUGACUCUACUAAAUGUGAUGCCAGUCGACCAGGGAGAGUACUUCUGCAAACUACGUUCCAAAGUGGGUGUAGGUUUUGCCAAAACUUUAGUUACAGUACAAGACUGCUUUGAAAAUUCUAAGUCCUACAUCCAAAAGACUCAUGCUACGUGCCAGUUCAGGGGAGUUUACCCCAGUGGCACCGUCCACUGGUUCCAGGGAGAUGUUAACUUAACAGACUCUGCCAUCACACAGGAAGAGGAGGACCAGUAUGGACGGUACGAUGUCAUGAGUACAAUAGAUGUCCAGAAAGGAAAAAGCGAGCCCUACAGAUGCUCACUGUGGAUACCUUCUGUCGGGAAGAAUCUGCACGCUCAAGAGCUACCUAUGGUUAAGGCACUGGAGUCAUCAGGAAGCAUGGUGAGAGUGCAAUGGAUCUGUAUAAUGGUGGAAAUCAUGGUGGUGAAAUUUAUGAAAUAAAGGAAACCAACGGGUAGAUGAUUUUGUUAGACAGCAUUUGGAAAAGUUGAAAUAUGAAAAUAAUAAAAACAGAAAUGAAAAUGAGCCAAUGAUUGAAGCAGGGAAUUAUUGGGGAUUAGGUGUUCUAGACUUUAUGUUUUAUCCAACGCAGGCACAGAUCAGCAUUUAGUGUAUGUGCAGUCUAAGAGUGUGUGUGCUUGAGAGGGAGAGCAUGUUUUAAUUCAGAAUGUCAGUCACUGAUAUUAUUCAAUGAUAUUAUGCAAUGAGUGUGAACUUUGAGAGGAGAGAGAACUUUCACUGAUUAAACGAUUUACAGUUAACCUAUUUCAUAUUUCAUAUUCAAUCUUGUUUCACUUGUGGUAUUAAACCUUCACUUCAUCCUGGUGGCCAGAGGGAGGCAGUCUUCACAUACAAGAAUCCUAACUGAUUUACUGCUUUUACUCAACUCUUGCAUUGUGUAAAUGUAGAGGAGAGGUCCAUUCAGUACUCUAAAUUCAUUCCAAAUACAUGUUCACCGAAGGAGAGGAAACGUGCCCACUUUAGUACUUAGGCAACAAAAGAAAAAAAAAGGAUUUAAGAUCCUUUAUGCAGACAUGAUUUAUGUGAGUGGCUUAUCAGUUAACUGAAGGGCAACAGGCACAUCUAAAAUCUACAAUACAGGGAUCAAAUAAACAGAUUAGGGACACAAUGAUUAUAAUAAAUUGAUUGAUUGUAUGAUUAUCUUUUUUUGUUUUGUUUACCAUUUUCCAAGAUGUUUUUGAAAUUCAGCUACUGUUGAUCUAUACAAAAUGUUGUAUAGUAUAUUGAGGGAUGUUUGGUUUUUAAAAUCUGCUUUGUAAUUAUUCUCAAUAAAAGUGUAAAAUAUAA